UGAUCGUCACACUUGCAUACAGAGAAUGAUGAAGAUUAACACAGACUACAAACCUCCUGCUGACUACAAGCCACCUGUUGUUAAAGUGUCUGACAAAGUGAUGAUUCCCCAAGAAGAACAUCCAGACAUUAAUUUCGUUGGCCUUCUAAUUGGACCUCGUGGAAAUACACUGAAAGCUAUGGAGAAAGACACAGGUGCAAAGAUAAUAAUUAGAGGCAAAGGAUCAGUUAAGGAAGGCAAGGUAAGUCCUUGUACCCUUUUAUUUUAUGUAUUGAAUCUUUCUGAUCGAAUGGUUAUUUUGACUGCUAGUCUAUGGUAAUGGGGCUCUGAUAAU